CAGUCUCGCGGUGUCCGCGGCAGUCUCGCCUCGUGCUGCGCUUCUCGCGGGAUCAAGCUACCAAGAUGGCGGCGGCGCCGGGCUGCUGAGCGGGACCCUGCGGCCGGGCGGGCUCCGGGCGCUGCUGGCGGGGGAUGCGGACGGGACCGGGCGCGCCGCCGCGGCUCUGAGCGAUCGACACCCCCCGGGCUGCGGCGAGCCUUCUUGGCGGGGCCCUGCCGGUGGUGGGGCGGCCGCUGGCGAUGACCGGAGAGAAGCUGCGCUCGCUGCGCAGGGACCAUAAGCCCAGUAAGGAGGACGGGGACCUGCUGGCGCCCGGCGAAGAGGAGGCGGCCGCCGCGCCCGGGGGCAUCUUCACCGGCGGCCGCGGGAGCAGUGGGAAGGGCGGCCGGGCCGGCGGCCACCGCAUCUUCAGCAACCACCACCACCGGCUGCCGCUGAAGGGGGGCCCGGCAGCCGGCGGGACGGGCCCCUCUGCCGAGCCCGACAAGUGCCCGGCUCACUUCCCGGUGCACGAGUGCGUCUUCAAGGGGGACGUGAGGCGGCUCUCGGCCCUCAUCCGCACCCAGGGCAUCGGGCAGAAGGACAGUCACGGAAACACUCCGUUACAUCUUGCUGUGAUGCUGGGACAUAAAGAAUGUGCCCACUUGCUAUUAGCCCAUAAUGCUCCAGUAAAGGUGAAAAAUGCUCAGGGAUGGAGCCCUCUUGCAGAAGCCAUCAGCUAUGGAGACAGACAAAUGAUUUCAGCACUCCUAAGGAAGCUCAAACAGCAGUCCAGGGAAAGUGUUGAAGAAAAGAGACCUCGAUUAUUAAAAGCCCUGAAAGAGCUAGGUGACUUCUAUCUAGAGCUUCACUGGGAUUUUCAAAGUUGGGUGCCUUUACUUUCCCGAAUUCUGCCUUCUGAUGCAUGUAAAAUACACAAACAAGGUAUAAAUAUCAGGCUGGACACAACUCUCAUAGACUUUACCGACAUGAAGUGCCAACGAGGGGAUUUAAGCUUCAUUUUUAAUGGUGAUGCUGCACCCUCUGAAUCUUUUGUAGUUUUAGACAAUGAACAAAAAGUUUACCAGCGAAUACAUCACGAGGAAUCUGAGAUGGAAACAGAAGAGGAGGUUGACAUUUUGAUGAGCAGUGAUAUUUACUCAGCAACAUUAUCAACCAAAUCCAUCACCUUCACGCGUGCCCAAACGGGGUGGCUAUUUCGAGAAGACAAAACAGAAAGAGUAGGAAACUUUUUGGCAGAUUUCUACUUGGUUAAUGGACUUGUAUUAGAAUCAAGGAAAAGAAGAGAGCAUCUCAGCGAGGAGGAUAUUCUUCGAAAUAAAGCCAUCAUGGAGAGCCUCAGUAAAGGUGGCAACUUAAUGGAGCAAAAUUUUGAGCCUGUCAGACGGCAGUCCCUUACUCCUCCAUCACCCAAUACAAUUACAUGGGAAGAGUACAUAUCUGCUGAAAAUGGAAAAGCUCCUCAUCUGGGUAGAGAGCUGGUGUGCAAAGAAAGCAAGAAAACCUUUAAAGCCACGAUAGCUAUGAGCCAGGAAUUUCCCUUAGGAAUUGAAUCAUUGUUGAAUGUUUUAGAAGUAAUUGCACCCUUCAAGCACUUUAACAAACUUAGGGAAUUUGUUCAAAUGAAGCUUCCACCAGGCUUCCCUGUAAAAUUAGAUAUUCCUGUAUUUCCCACCAUCACAGCCACUGUGACUUUUCAGGAGUUCCGUUACGAUGAAUUUGAUGAAUCCAUCUUCACUAUUCCUGAUGACUACAAGGAGGACCCCAGCCGUUUCCCCGAUCUCUAGCUAAACUGGAAGGUGAACGGGGAAUACCAAUACCAGCGUACCACAGUGAAAGCAAAAGGCUGCAAAGAGCCCACAGAUAGAGCUAGAGAAGUGGGUCGUGAAGGAAGGGAUAAACUUAAUAACCCAGAAGAAAAGGGAACAUGUAUCAAAUGACUGAUGUACUGUACUCACUAUAACGGGCGUCUAAUGUAGUUCCUGAUUUCCAGCCAGUCUCCUGAUGUGUCGUUCACACUCGUCUCCGCGCAGGUCUGCAGCGUGGCGGUGCCACCCCGAGGGCCUGGGGACACUGAGCAGCUGUGAGGACUAUCAUUGUUUUUAAAUUUUAUACAUUUCUUGGUGAUACAAAGAGCACUCUCGGACCAUUAGCGUACAGGCUGACAUGUCUUAGCUGGAUAUUAGCCCUCUGCAUCAUCCCACCCUGCUUACGACUGACCAUGUUGUAUUCUUUCAAGCUUUGUUUUCAUGGAUUGUAAACUACGUAUCACAAUGUAUAGUUCAGUAAUCUGAAUGUUAGCUGAACGUAUAUUAGAAGGAAUGCUUUUUCUGUAGAGGAAUGAACCAAAUGGUAACCAUUAAACAGUUGGGUUUUCACACUGCAAUACACUUCAGAGAUAGCAUUUGCUCUGCAGGGAAUAAGGUACCUCCUCUAGCACCUUAGUGCAGUCCAUUGUGGUGCUAUCCAUGUCUCUGAACCCUUUGUUUCUUCACUGACCUUUCUUGUGUUGGCUUCAUGCUCAACUUCAUCACGCUGGCUUGGACGUCCCUGCUGUGCCCAUGAUGCUGUGCUGAUGAAUGUGCUCGGGGAGGGGGGUUGUUAGCUACAGAUUGUCACCUUUUUCCUUCUCUUUUCACAUCCACAUAGGAGACUUGCUCCAUAAUGGUUGAGAUCAUCUCGUGUCUGUGUUCAGCGGCCACUCAGAACCAUGGGGUGUAUAGAAAGAGUUACUAGAACAGUACACUUGAGCAUUAAACCUUCAUACAAGAAGUUGUUUCUCUUGAGGUUAGUUUAAUUGUAGUGCACACUGAAUAGGGCUCACGUUGGAAGACUUCAUUUGCAGAUGCUUAGGAUGUUUCCAGGUUUAAUUUCCUUCCUCUUGAUAUUUUGUAGGUAGGUGCUUCAGUACUCUGGCCUCUUGAGCUCAUUCUCAUUCCAGGUGGUUCCAGUCUCCUAAUUUGAGGAUAAUCCAGCUUGUUUGGUUUGUUAGACAGAACUUGUGCAAAAGGCUAAUGGUGCUAUUUGUUUGUAUUGAGGCAUUGAAAGUGCUGUGGUGUAAUUGUACAAAACUGUAAAUAGUUCCAAAAUUAUAUUCUUUGUGCACUGUA